AUUGUGCGGCGCACCAGUAUUGCAGAGAACUCAGUACAUUCUGCAGUCCCAUGAGCUAAAAAAGCAGUUGUGAUGUUGUUGCUAAUAUUAUUGUUUCAUUUUUUGCUCUUUGGAUAUUCAUCGAGUGAUGCCAAUUUGAAAUGCGAUGGAGAUCCAAAAGUUUUAGAAUAUUUUAAUGUUACCGCAUAUGACACAGACUUCCUCAUCCAAUCUACUGCCAAACUGGCCGAUGUCGACAUUAACACUAAGAAACAGAAAGAAAGUAUGGUGUCGUUUACAGUUGAUUGCAACAUGACAUGUAACGGUAAUUCCAUCAAAGUGGGAAUUCAGUUCAUCGUAUUCGAUACCAACAAUCAUGCUCCUCAAUUUUUGAAAAAAGAAUACAUCUACAGAGUUGCUUCUCCCAUAAUGCCGUUUGGUGAUUUCACCGAUUUCGGUGAGAAGUUAAUAGCGGAAGAUAUUGAUUUCUCCAAUCAAGGGAUGACGUUUACUGUAGAUCCGGAUGAUUUCAUCGUGACCACGGUAGUCGACGAAAAACAGUACACUGCAAGUUUUAGUGCGAAAAAAAUUAUUCAAAUAACCAAUCCCUUGACCUACAAAAUCGUGGCAACAGAUAAAGGAAAUGAAAAAACUCUGAGCACAUCUACAGAAGUAACUGUUCAAGUAGAUCCUUCAAAGAGUUUGGACACGCCAUCAUUUCAAAAUCCUUCAUAUUCGUUCGACUAUUCUGUGAAGAAUAAAAUAGUGACACUCACUCCCAGAAAUGGACCUAUAAAAUUAACCACCAAUAAGCCAAGCGAAGUUAUUCACCUGAGUUUAACAGGAGCGUAUCAAGAAAAUUUUGCAGCAAAGUUUAAUACAAAAAACAAUACCGUGGAACUGACUGCUACACCAGUUUCAUCAGAUUCUUCCUUCACCAUUCUCACCUUAUCGGCGGAGACUGAUGCCGUAGCUUCCACAUCGAUAGUUGUGUAUCUCACUCCUGCGGAAGAAUCAACGCCCAAAUUCAGCAACCAUUUUUACUCGGGGAGUUACACAACCAAUAACACAAUUGUGCUUGAUCAAAAAAUUGUUGCAACAGCCAAGAAGGGAACUCCUACUGUUACACUGACCGGAGAUUUCAGCGAUCACUUCAAAAUAGACCUCACUAAUGGAAGUUACACGAUCACGGUUUCCAAGAAGUUAACAGGAUCCGACGUGAAAUCUUUAACGCACUUAACAUUCACCUUGACAGCAACUUUGGCUGAAAUAACCGACGAGGCAGCUCUGAUAAUAAAACUUCCGGAACACCAACUUCUCUUCACGAACAACCUUUAUGAUGCAACUUACGAUGCCGAUGCCAACACUCUUUCACUUGACGAUAAGAAUCCUAUCGCCUUCACUACUGCGGUGAAACUUACCUCGAUAAAGAUCGAUGGAUCGUACAGUAAAAACUUUAAUGUUACCUACAAUGAAACAAGCAAGACCUGUGAAGUGUCCAUUGUAACUCCGUUACCGGAAAGUACAGCAUCUCAAAAUGUAAUAACUCUAACUAUAAUCGCUAGGGAUUCUUACGAAUUCGAAGCCUGGACCAUCUUGAAGAUAACAAAAAUUGUCAAGGAACCUCCACAAUUUUCCAGAUCAGUCUAUAAAGCUGAGUAUCCAAAGUUGGGGAGCGGAUAUUUCGAUUUUGAUACUUCAAUAGAAUUCGUGAAUGUUGUAGAUAUUGAAAAAGUUACAAUCGUUGUGGCUGGCUACCAAGAUAACUUCGAAGUAGCACGAGUGUCGAAUAAAUGGCAAUUGAACAUCAAGAAACCCUUGGAUGAUUCUAUUCUAGAAAAAGAGCUACCAAUUGUUACAACUCUGAAUGCAACGGAGGAGGGAAACGAUUUGAUAGGAUCCUCUGUUUUGGUGGUGGAAUUACCGAAAAUCCCUCGAGAGGGACCCGAAUUUUCAGAAUCGUUUUAUACAGCAGUUUAUCCAAAAAACGGAACAGGAGUAAUAGAAUUGCCACUAAGCUUUAAGAAUGUUGACGAAAAAGUUCAUAUUGAAAUCACCCUGAACAAUUAUGCUGAAAAUUUUCUCGUUCAAAAGUCUGAUGGAAAAUGGCAAAUAAAAAUUCUGAAGGUUCUCGACGAAAUUACCCUGAAACAAAAAGAACUCGUCAUUACCAUGACAGCAACUGCAGCAGGCUUCAAAAACACCGGAAUUUCCAUUUUGGUUUUACAAUUACCUGAACAGGAUAAAAAAGAAGGACCAAUAUUUUCAGAGGACUACUACAUGGCGAAUUACUUAGACAGCAAAACUGGUUUAAUUGACUUCAGUAGUGAAAUUACUUUCAUUAAUAUAAAAGAUGUUGGAAAAGUUACAAUACAAGUAAAGGGAUACGAAAAAAACUUUGAUGUAGUGCAUCAAUCAAAUAAAUGGCAACUCAAAAUCAAGAACCCCUUGAACGAAUCCACCCUAGAAGAAAAGUCUCCUAUUGUUACGAAUUUGGAAGCUACUGAGGAAGGAAAUAACCUGACAGGAUCAUCAGUGUUCCUUCUAGAAUUGCCGAAAGAGAAAACCGAAGACAAACCGGAAUUUUCAGAGCCAUUUUAUAUCGUCGAGUAUCCGAAAACGGGAAGUGGAAUAAUUGAAUUCGAGAAACCACUGAUUUUCAGAAACGUUGACGACAAAGUUGAUGUGAAAAUUGAACUCAACAAAUACACUGAUAAUUUCAUCGUUGAAAAGGUUAAUGAAAAAUGGCAAGUUAAAAUUAAAAAAUCUCUCGACGAAACCACUCUAAAAGAAAAGGAACUCGUUAUUACUAUGACAGCAUCAGCGGUGGGAUUUAAAAAUACCGGAGUUUCGGUUUUGGUUAUGAAACUGCCAGAAGAUGACACGAAAAAGGAAGGACCAGCAUUUUCAGAAAAUUACUACACGGCGGAUUACCCAAAGAAUGGAACUGGUUUGAUCGAAUUCAAACCUAACAUAAAUUUUACUAAUGUAAAAGAUUUUACAAAAGUUACUAUAGUAGUAAGUGAUUACACAGAAAAUUUCGAUGUUAUUCUUGAUUCGGGUAAGUGGCAUCUCAAAAUCAAAAAACCCUUGGAUGAUUCAAUUCUCAAAGACAAAUUGCCGCUUAUCGCAUCACUGGUUGCCACGGAGCAAGGAAACGACGUGAAAGGAUCGACGGUGUUAGUGUUGGAAUUACCGAAGUCAGAUGGUGAUGAGGAUGCUCCUGAAUUUACGGAAAAUUUCUAUAUUGUUACUUAUCCCAAAAAUGGAAAAGGAGUGAUCGAAUUCGGAAAUCCUUUGAAGUUCAAUAACCUGGAUGAAAAAUAUGAUAUAAAAAUCGAAUUGAGCGCUUACUCGGAAAACUUCCGCUUCGAAAAGUCUUCCGGUAAUUGGCAGAUUCAAAUCCAAAAACCUCUCAACGAAUCCGUACUCAAAGCCAACAAUGAACUUGUGCUGACUAUGAUAGCAUCUGGCGCUAACUUCACUAAAACUGGAAUUUCGAUUCUGGUUCUGGAACUGCCAAAUGAUGAGGUUGAUUCGAAAGCUCCCGAAUUUUCAGAUGUCACCUAUACAGCUGAAUAUCCAAUCAAAGGAACUGGGAUAAUAGAUUUCAACCAGGAUGUUAAAUUCAAUAAGAUCUCGGACGUCUCAGAUAUAUCUAUUGAAAUCAGCGACUACAAUGGUAUUACAAAUUUCGGCAUUGAAUAUAAUGCUUCACUUAAGAAAUGGCAAAUUCAGAUCUUGAUUCCUCUGAGUAAAACUGUCCUUGAUGCUAUGUCGUUCAUUGAUCUUACACUAGCGGCGAAAAAGAAGGAUAUCGAUGGCUCAGGAAAAGCAACGCUAAUUAUCAAUCUACCACCCAGAACGCCUACAGAGGAACCUAAAUUUUCAAAAGGUGUAUAUAGCGCCACCUAUCAAUAUAUCUCAGGAAUACCCAGUGUAACUCUCAUCGACGAAAUAUCGAUAACUAACAAACUUGAUCUCAAUCAGAUAUCUAUUGUCGCAGAUGAAUAUUCCUCCAAUUUUGAUUUGAUAAGUAGAUAUAACACAUGGUUUGUGAACGUAAAAUCCCCUCUUGACGAAGCAAUUUUGAAAACAAGAACCAAUCUUGCGGUCUCCAUCAAAGCUACUGACCAAUCAAACGGUUUAAGUGACUUUUCCGUAAUAGAACUGAAACUACCCCCUGUGAACUCUGAAGAUGCUCCGAAAUUUUCUAAAACGUUCUACACGGCCGAAUACACUCUCCCAGAUGGAAAAGGAGUUGUGACUUUGGAUGAACCAUUGGAGAUAAUAAAUAGAGAAACUGCCGACAAUAUAAAAAUUGUACCUGACAGUGACAUUAUAGAUUAUAACAACUAUUUCAACGUAUUAUACGACAACGCUACCAAAAAAUGGAACAUUAACGUCAUUAAAAACCUGGACGGCUCAAUGUUGAAAUCGAACGUAGUAAUUGAUAUGGACCUCACGGCGGCAGACAUUUCGUCAAAUAGUAGUAGUAUAGGUAGAGCAGGCUUGGUGCUGAAGUUGCCUCCUGUGAACAGCAAAGAAGCUCCAAAUUUUUCUAAACUGGUUUAUCAAGCCGAGUACAAUUCGAAAACUACAGUGCUCAACACCGAUAUAAAAAUAACCAAUAAAAAAGAUAGUGAUAAUGUCAUCGUAACUAUUGACCAAGAUUUCCAGAGAUAUUUCUCAAUUUCAUUAAACAAGAAAACCUCAAUGUGGGAAGUAACAGUCAUAACUUUACCAGACUCAGUGACAAGAGACAAGCAGAAUCUAGUAAUUACGCUUACUGCGACACAAACUGGCAACACUGCUGUAGGAAAAUCGACACUGUUGGUAACGUUACCCGAAAAGAAUCCUCCACAGUUUUCUAAAGCCUUUUACGAAGGAAGUUAUAAGAUUGAUGAUGGCACUGCAAAGCUAACCAUGGAAGAUUUUGUAAUUACCAACAGAGAACAUUCUGAACAUUUGCUGCUAGGGAUAGGAGUGUUUGAGAAGAACUUGGGUUAUCAUUAUGAUCAUAACAAAAAUGUUUGGAGUUUCAAUUUACUAGCUCCAUUCUCAGAAGAACAACUUGACAAUAAGACAGAAUUCAUCCUCACUUUGACAGCAGAAGAUACUGAAGAGGGAAGCUUUGGAAGAGCGACGGUUAUCAUAUAUUUACCAGCUAAAAACAAUCCUAAACCGGUACUUGAAUUCUCACAGUUCUCUUACGAAGGCACUUAUAAUGAAACUGAAGGAAAACCAAUAGUAAAUUUGGAAAAAACUAUCGAAAUUACUUCAAAGGCAGACUUAAAAAAUGUUCAAGUGACGUUGCAAAGCCCAGACAGUUUCGACAAGUAUUUCACCUUGAAAGAAGAAUCUAUCGGACGUUAUCAAAUUCACGUUACAACUCCUUUGCCACAAUCAGUCCUAGAGGACCGAACAAGCUUGAUUCUGACUUUGGAAGCUGACUUAGAUGGUUACAAAACUCACGCUACUCUCGUUAUUAAUCUACCAGCCAUUGUGAUAAAUCGUGAUAUACAUUUCUCAAAGAUUGUUUAUAAUGGGACAUACAAAGUCGCUGAUGGAAAUACAACAUUCACUGUUGAACCCAUCCAAGUCACCACCUCUGCUCCUGUUGAGGAAGUUUUUGUCAUGAUAUCAUCAGAUCCAGCCUACAAAGAAUACUUUGACGCACAUUACAUCAAUAAAGAGGUUGUUAUAAAGUCCAAAACUGAGCUGCCCGAAGAAAUAUUGAAGACGUUGUCUCUCAUACCUUUAACUUUGGAGAUCGCCAUCAUAGGAAAACCUGAUAGAGCGAAUGCUGUAGUCAAUAUAGAAAUUUCUUAUAAUAACCCUGACGAUAAGAGCACUAUAUCAUUCAGUAAAAACUAUUACGAAGGAAGAUAUAACAGAGGACAAAGUAUAAUAUCCGCUGAUGACAUUUUCAUUUCCACCAAUCAGAUCGAUGGUAACAUUGAAGUAUCCAUUAAAAAUGAAUACAGUGACUACUUCACUCUAUCAUACUCCAAUAAAUAUAUAACCAUAAAAGAAGGACCAGAUGUAUUGAAACCUGAUUUAAUUUUGACCAUCAUACCUCUUGUGUUGGAAGCAAGAAUAAAAAAUACCGUACAUACAGCAAAUGCGGUUUUGAAUUUAAUAGUGGAAGCUCACCAUACNUCCGAAUACGCAAAAUAUUUCGAAGCCACAUACGCUAGUAAAACCGUAACAGUUACACCGUUGCACCAAAUUCCUGAUGAUAUUUUGAAAGGUGUCUCUACUAUCGCUCUCAAACUGGUGAUCACAACGAAAGAUUCUAAAAAGAGUUCGUCUGCUGUUCUGAAUAUCGCUGUCAAUGGUGAACCUGAUGUUGAUACCGGAUCCAUUGAAUUCUCAGAUUUACUUUACUAUGGAACAUACGACAUAAAUGGAUCAUCUCCGGUCAUACAACACGAUAAAAUAUCACUUUUUACAGAUCAAGAAGACAAAAAUAUUCUGGUUGAGAUAACGAAUGGCUUCAAGGAAUAUUUCUCUGCAAACUAUUCGAAGGAGUAUGUAUCAAUAUCUGUAACAAAACCAAUACCGGCCAACAUUUCGAAUACUUUAUACGUCAUACCCAUAACUCUAGAAGCCAGCAUAGUGAAUUCUAGCAAAUCUUCUUCUGCCGUUCUGAACUUAAAAAUAAUAGAUGAUUCUCACGACACAACUACCUUGUCCUUCGCGGAGGUGCUCUACACUGGUAACUACUCUAACGAAAACGGAAAAAUAAACUUCAAUGUGAAAGAAAAAAUUCAGGUGAUCACCGAUAUACUCGACAAAAACAUUGAAUCCCCUCUGACGAUUGAUUCCGAAUACGCAAAAUAUUUCGAAGCCACGUACGCUAGUAAAACCGUAACAGUUACACCGUUGCACCAAAUUCCUGAUGAUAUUUUGAAAGGUGUCUCUACUAUCACUCUUAAACUGGUGAUCACAACGAAAGAUUCUAAAAUGAGUUCGUCUGCUGUUUUGAAUAUCGCCGUCAAUGGUGAACCUGCUAUUGAAACCGGAUACGUUGAAUUCUCAAAUGUAUUUUACUCUGGAACAUACGACAUGAAAGGAUCUUCUCCGGUCAUAAAAUAUGAUAAUAUAUCACUUACUACAGACCAAGAGGAUGAAAAUAUUCUGGUUGAAAUAACGAAUGGCUUCAAGGAAUAUUUUGCUGCAAACUGUUCGAAGAAGUCUGUAUCAAUAUCUGUAACAAAACCAAUACCGGCCGACAUUCAAAAUACAUUGAAUGUCAUACCCAUAAUUCUAAAAGCCAACAUUGUCGAUUCUAACAAAUCUUCCUCUGCCGUUCUGAACUUAAAAAUAAUAGAUGAUUCUCACGAAACAACUACCUUGACCUUCGCGAACGUGCUCUACACUGGAAACUACUCUAUCGAGAACGGAAAAAUAAACUUCAUUGUGAAAGAAGAAAUCAAGGUGAUCACCGAUAUACUCGAAGAAAACAUUAAAUCCCCUCUGACGAUCGAUUCCGAAUACGCAAAAUAUUUCGAAGCCACUUACGCUAGUAACACCGUAACAGUUAUACUGUUGAACCAAAUUCCUGAUGAUAUUUUGAAGAGUGUCUCUACUAUCACUCUCAAACUGGUGAUCACAACAAAAGAUUCUAAAACAAGUUCGUCUGCUGUUUUGAAUAUCGCCGUCAAUGGUGAGCCUGAUGUUGAUACCGGAUCCGUUGAAUUCUCAUCUUUACUUUACUCUGGAACAUAUGACAUGAAAGGAUCUUCUCCUGUCAUAAAACAUGAUGAAAUAUCACUUAUUACAGACCAAGAGGACGAAAAUAUUUCGGUUGAAAUAACGAAUGGAUUCAAGGAAUAUUUUGCUGUAUCGUAUUCGAUGAAAUCUGUAGUAAUAUCUAUAACAAAACAAAUACCGGCCGACAUUCAAAACGCUUCAAACGUCUUAACCAUAACUCUGGAAGCCAGCGUCGUUGGUUCUAGCAAAUCUUCCUCUGCUGUGUUGAACUUAAGGAUAAUAGAUAAUGAUGAUGACAAUACUGGUUUCGUAUUAUUCGAUAAAAUACUACACACAGGGGAGUAUUCAGUAAUUAAUGGUUUCGGCAAACUAACGGUAGAUGGCAAUAUUCAAGUGAUGACGGACAGGGCUGACAACGAAAUAGAAAUCAACAUUUCAAACGAAUACAGUUUAUACUUUGUUCCAAAAUAUUCCAGCAAAGAAGUUUCGAUGGAACUUAAGAGUAAUUUACCUGAUGAAAUAUUUAAUAACAACUUCUACAUUCCUCUGACGUUAAUAGCUAGUAUCAAAAGUACUAAUAAAAGUUCUUCCACCGUUCUGAACAUUAAACUGAACAACGAGAGAAGUGACAACAUCAAGUUGGCCUUCACCAGUUUCAUCUACAACGGAGAAUAUCUAGUUGAAGAUGGCAACGCUUCCCUACACUAUGACCCUAUUUAUUUGGAUACUGACCAAGAGGAUGAUGUUAUUGAUAUAUCUGUAGGGAACGAAUAUGCAACAUACUUCUCAACUAACUACUCCAACAAAGUUGUAAAAAUUGACUUAACAAAUACUGUGGUUAGUGAAACACUUCAAAACUUAUCAAAUAUACCAGUGGAGUUGAAAGUUCAAAUCGUAAAUACAACGCAUUCAGCAUUUGCUGUGCUGAACCUCAGAGUUAAAGGAGAAAAUAACACGGACAACACAGACACGAUUGCUUUUGAAAAAAUUUUGUACUCUGGAGUAUACUCUGUAGGAGAGAAAAUAGAAGAACCAAAAUUCAAGGUGGAUGAAAUUAAAGUUAUUACUCAAAAUAUGGCUUCCGAUAUAGAUAUCACGACUAAAAAUGAUUACCACUUUGAUCAGUACUUCAAAUUCUCUUAUAACAACAAUAUUAUCUCAGUUGCUGUGAUCAAAGCCAUACCAAAGGACAUCCUGAAGAAAAAUAAAUUUAUACCAAUCACUCUAAAGGUCACUUUGAAAAGCUCUGGGAGGUCAGCUUCAACUGUGCUGAAUAUUCAAGUCGACUAUAAUAAUGACGAUGAAAACAAGGAGAGUUCGGUAGAUACCACAGGUUACAUAGCGGCAGUCAUUGUCCUAGGUCUUAUUUUGUUGGCAUUAAUAGCCGGAGCUGUUGCUUUUUAUUACUUCAGGGUCAGGAAUAAAAAAAAUCUGCAAAUGGACGAAGAGGAAUAUUAUAGAAUGAGAUACGACAGGCAAUCUAAAUCCAGACCUUCAUCCAAAAUGGGAUCGUCAUCGCUCGAAGAAAGAAGACCAACAGGGUUCAUUUUCAGUCCCAACGAAGACCUAAGUAGAAGAGAGACGUCAACGGAUCCCCCGGAUAGACGAAAAUCUGUGGCGUUCAACGAUAAUGUCGAGAGACUCGAGAUAGAUGGUGUUAACGAUGAAGAUAUCAAUAAUGCUCUCAAAGAUAAACCAGAAGUUACGUCGUUGUAAAAAAAAAUAUUUAUUCUAUAUUCAUAAUUCUAACGAGAAGACAGAAGAGGAAUGAGAAAUUUGAUUACGGUAAAUCAAAUAAAAUUGAAAGUUUACGGCGACAAACAAAACCUUCGCGUUCGAUAUUACACAAGAAACAAAUUAUUUACAAAAACCCUCCUAUUUUCCGUUUCGUCCUUUCAGAAUCACAUCAGUGUAUAAUUAAUUUUCAAUUGCGCUAAACUCAUAUGAAAAAGUGCAUUGCAUUCAUACAAUGUAUUCGUAGGUAUUGUAUAAAAACAACACAGUGUAAUUAAAGAAGAUACUGUGAUAUUUAUGAAAUAUAUGAUUAUCAUCAUUAUGUAAGAAAUAAACUUUCACGAAAAUGUCUUUGAUUAAA